AUGCCGUCUAUUCCCUCCCCUUACUCCACCCUUUCUCUCUCUUUCCUUUCGCCGCAGACGCCUGAGCCCCUCGGCGAGAGCGGAACGCUUUUCUACCGGCCUGGGCCUUCCGCCGUGGCGUGUCGCACAGCUCACAAACAUGGGGAAAUCCUGGCGCCGGACAGAGAGGCGCGGGAAGAACGAAACGUGCACCUCCGAGGGCAGACGCUCUUGACUCACGCACGCGACUCCGAUCCGUUUCCGCUCCCUCCCUCCGCAGAAGAUGCGGGGGAGGAAACGACGCAGGAAGAAAGAGAAGAGGGGGGAAGGCGAGGAGGACAGGGCUGCGUCAGGGAGGUCGCCCAAAUUGUGGCAGACAACGAAAGAGGCACGGAUCUGUGUCCUUUUCGUCGCGCAUCUUCGAGACAAAGCUCCAGCAACCCGGGAGGCCGCGAAGGCGACGAGCACGAGACACCGAAACGCUCGACGGGGCCGUGUCUGCUUCGCUCGCGGGAAGGCUGGCCCUCGGCGCCUCAUGGCCGCAGCUGUUCCAGUGUAUGUGCACCUGGCCAUCGCGUGGGGAAUGUCAAUGACCUUCUCUGUCCUUCCUCUCCAAAGCACGAGAAUGUCUUCUCUCCCUUCGCUCCUCAACAGGAGGCCCUCGCUUCGGCCCCCUCUUCUUCUGCUUGCGGCUCUGGAGAUGUGCACAAGUCGCAGUCCCUUGAAGACGCCGCCUUCCAGAGAGUGCGUUUGCAACUGCUCUCUCUUCAGUACACGGAGAAGUUCGACGCCGUCAACACGCGCCUGGUCGACAGGCUCCUGCAGGACGUGGUGAAGGCCGUGGAAAACUUCCAGCUCCUCAUGAAAAAGUGA